AUGCAUGUUAAUCACGCCACACGAGCAGUUAAGUCCAUCCUAAACUAUCACUACGUGGACGAGUUUGUAGAUAGCUUCAGCAGUAAAUCGGAGGCUAUUGAGGUUGCGGGACAAGUACGUGCAAUACACCAACGCGCUGGUUUCGAGCUGCGAAACUUUGUUUCAAAUUCUGAAGCGGUAAUAACUGCUUUGUGUGGCACUGACGUCACGGUUCCCAUCGUCAGCAAAGACAGCCUGCCAAUUGAAAAGGUCUUAGACAUGUACUGGCAGCCGUCCGAUGACGAGUUUAGGUUCAAGCUGAGAUUCCAUGGCGUAGACGAGAAGGUCAUAAACGGCGAUAGGCGCCCCACAAAGAGAGAACUGCUUAGUAUGCGAAUUUGCUCAUGCGGGAGGUUUGGAGACGAAAGAUCUGCUGGGAUGACCCAUUGUCUGACGGUGUUAAUGUCGCCUGGAACAAUUGGCGGCGGUACGUUGCCUUUAGCUCUAGACUUACGCAUUCCAAGAAAUUAUUUUCGAAACGGUAUGCCACAAGAUCUUCAACUCCACAUCUUCGUGGACGCCAGCGAAGAUGCCUUUGUCGCCAUAUCGUAUUGGCGUACCACGAAUUCAGCUGGCGAAAUAGAAGUCGCCUUCGUAUGCUCCAAAGCUAAAUGUGCACCCCUGAAGCCAAUCAAGGUCCCGCGUCUCGAACUCCAAGUAGCCAUUCUGGGUACUCGUCUGAUGCAGACGUUACGAGAGGAGCAUGCAGUCAAAGCAUCCAGCUGUAUCCUCUGGUCAGACUCAAAAACGGUUGUGAAGUGGAUUAAGAGCGAACACCGCCGAUACAAGCCAUUUGUGGCGCAUCGUGUAGCAGAAAUUCUGUCUGCAACGACGCCUUCAAAUUGGAUAUGGCUCUCUACGGCUGAGAAUGUUGCUGAUGAGGCGACCCGAGCAAAGAGCCGUCACGAAUAUUGUUCCACGUCACUUUGGCUAUGUGGCCCGAAAUUUCUUCUCAGCAAUGAAGUGGACUGGCCAAAAGAAGCUGGAUUCAACGACCAGAGCUUGAAAGAUGAAGAAGAGCUGAGCCCGAAAUUCGCCCGGUUGGUUGUGAGUAAUAGACCUGAUGAUAUUAAUCGUUUUUCGUCGUUUAAUAAACUCGUGAGAACUACUGCUUGGGUGCUGCGAUUCACGAAGAGAUGUCGUUGUGGCCGACGUGCUUGGCAUGCUGAGCAGUGGGGUUUGAUAUCGGAAGAGGUGGACGCAUCAAAAAAGCUUCUUUUUCGUCAUUUCCAAGAAGAAGCAUUCGCCCUCGAUCUCCAGAGUAUCGCAGAUGGCAUUCCUAUCCCACUAACCUGCGAUCUAUACCAGUUGUCGCCAUACAAAGACGAAGACAAUGUGCUGCGAGUUAAUGGACGCAUAGAUGCUGCGAGUUGGUUGCCGUUUAGUACGAAACGUCCAGUUAUAUCGCCAUCCAAUCACGCUCUUACAAAAUUGUUGGUACAACAUCACGCUGUUCUUAAACACCAGAACACCGAAGCAACAAUUUGUGAAAUUCGAAGAACCUACUGGAUUCCACGCCUACGUCAACUUCUCCGGAAGAUUAUAGCCGAUUGCCUCGUUUGUCGUAUAAAUAAAGCUGCACCAGUUACCUCACUUAUGGGACCGCUGCCAGUGGAUCACCUUGAGCCCUUUGUGCGACCAUUUACAUACACUGGCUUAGAUUACUUCGGCCCUAUUAUGGUCACUAUAGGACGCCGGCAAGAAAAGAGGUGGGUGGCGCUCUUCACUUGCUUGACG